AUGGGAGGACUCGCUUAAAAAGUUAAAAAUUUAUUUGUAAAACAAGAAGAACUACUACCAAUAUAAGAUGAUAACAAUUACCAUUCUUAAAUCUAAAAUUAAUAAUAUGAAUUUGAUAAAAAUAGUUCUGGGAACUUUAAUUAAAUGGAAUCGUAAAAUCAAAAUUUAAAUGAUGGAAAAUUAUAUUCGAUGUCGAGCAUGUUAAAAGUAUUAGAUAAAUAUAGAAGUUGCCCUGUAAGAAUGCUUACAAUGAUGCAAGGAAAAUAAUAUGAUACUUAAUUAUAUCAAAAUGAAUAAAAAAAGAUUGAAGAAAUAAUCACAAAACUCAAUUGA